UACUCUUUCCUUGCCCCGAAAAUUUCACGGGGAAAUUUUUCGUUUCACUUCAUUUAUUUCCUUUUCCCAUCCAAAUGGUCAAGCGGCUAUGAAUGGUAUCGUCCAAAAUGAGCGUGAAAUGGUGUUCGGACUAUGAGCCUGCGUAGCGGUGAAUGGCUCACUGGAACCAGCGCAUGCGCAUCUUUUGUGUGCGGCACGAUGGCUACCAGCCAUUUUGUCCCGCGUCGGUGCCCUAAGGAGUUGGCGGCGACAGCAGGCGCUGCCAGUGCCACGGACUAACAGUGACCUCUCGGCGGUGGGAAUUUUCCGGUCCUGUUGUGUGACCUGAACAGCACCAAGACAGCUACGCAGCUAGGAAGCAAAAGGUCGGGGCAGGGCGGAGCGAUGGAGCCCCUCCCUCUAGCCUCUCCUUAGUUUGACCAGCUCGCUUGCCCUUCCCUCCCAGUCCCGCUACACGCUGAUCUGCUGCGCAGGCGCACAAAUAAUCGGAGCGCUUCCCUGGCCCUUGGGCCUUGCGAGAUUCUGCGCGCGCUUCUCGUUCUCCACCCUUGAUUGGUGGGAUUGCCCCGCCAUCACGCCUCCCUCUGCUUUCAAGGUUGGGAAGGAAGCGGGGGGCGGGGCCAAGCAGCGCGUGCGCGAUACUGUUGCUGUUCCUUUGCUGCUAUUGCGUUGCAAAAAAAAAUCCUGACUAGGUAGCUUUGGGCCUUUUCUGUGCUAGAGAAUCUAAAGGAGAGAGAAAAAUUUCUGCAACUGAAGGGGCAGUCGGGUAGUAUUAAAUUUAAUAUAUUAACGCCCGGCUUGGCUCACAGGAUUGUGGGGAUAGGGGUGGGGAAGGGCCUCAGGGUUGAGAGCCGAAGAAUAUAAAAACCAUUCGUUUCGGGGCCAGGCGUUUUGAAAGGCUUUGCAGGUCCUGCGUAAUUCUUCCUUGAUUACAGACUGGUUUAAACACGACCCCUUUAACAAUAUUGAUAAACCUUCGAAACCCGCAGCCCCUCCUUGCAGCGUGUAGGAGCCGCCAGCGUGCCCAGCAACUGGUCUUCGCGUCGGUACCUCCAGAAGAGCUUAGCGCGUGCACCAUCCCCACCCCCUGGCCUCCCUCCCCACCUCCGGCUUUCACGCACUCGCAGUGAUUGUUUUGCCCGCUCCCGCCGCCGCCGCCGCCGCCGCGGCCGCCAGAGCAGCAGCAGCGCUUGUGCAAACCGGGAAGAUGGCGGCCGGCGGCGGCGGAGGCAGCAGUAAGGCCUCCUCCUCGUCGGCCUCUUCGGCAGGGGCUCUGGAGUCCUCGUUGGAUCGAAAAUUCCAGUCGGUAACCAACACCAUGGAAUCCAUUCAAGGCCUGUCGUCUUGGUGUAUAGAGAACAAGAAACACCACAGUACUAUCGUCUACCAUUGGAUGAAGUGGCUCCGGAGAUCUGCGUAUCCCCACCGUUUGAAUCUCUUUUACCUUGCCAAUGAUGUCAUACAGAACUGUAAAAGGAAAAAUGCUAUCAUAUUCCGUGAAUCGUUUGCUGAUGUACUUCCUGAAGCAGCUGCUCUAGUGAAGGAUCCAUCUGUCUCUAAGUCUGUAGAACGAAUCUUUAAAAUCUGGGAAGACAGAAAUGUAUACCCAGAAGAAAUGAUUGUGGCAUUGAGAGAAGCUUUGAGUACCACUUUCAAAACUCAGAAGCAGCUGAAAGAAAAUCUGAACAAACAACCGAAUAAGCAGUGGAAGAAAUCACAAACAUCCACAAAUCCAAAAGCUGCUCUCAAGUCUAAGAUAGUUGCUGAAUUUCGAUCACAGGCCCUAAUUGAAGAGCUGCUGCUAUACAAGCGCUCAGAAGAUCAGAUAGAAUUGAAGGAAAAACAGUUGUCAACUAUGAGGGUGGAUGUGUGCAGCACAGAAACUCUCAAAUGCUUAAAAGACAAAACAGGUGGGAAGAAGUUCUCUAAAGAAUUUGAAGAGGCAAGCUCCAAGUUGGAGGAAUUUGUGAAUGGAUUAGAUAAGCAGGUGAAAAAUGGGCCUUCACUAACGGAAGCACUGGAAAAUGCUGGAAUUUUCUAUGAAGCUCAAUACAAAGAAGUAAAAGUGGUAGCCAAUGCAUACAAAACCUUUGCUAACCGAGUUAACAAUUUAAAGAAAAAAUUGGAUCAAUUGAAAUCAACCCUUCCUGAUCCCGAAGAAUCACCAGUCCCUUCCCCAAGCAUGGAUGCUCCCUCCCCAACUGGUUCUGAGUCUCCUUUUCAGGGAAUGGGAGGUGAGGAAUCCCAGUCACCAACCAUGGAGAGUGAGAAAUCUGCCACACCUGAACCUGUCACAGAUAAUCGUGAUGUGGAAGACAUGGAACUCUCAGAUGUAGAUGAUGAUGGGUCAAAAAUCAUUGUCGAGGACAGAAAGGAAAAACCUGUAGAGAAGUCAGCUGUAUCCACUUCUGUACCUACAAAGCCAACAGAAAGUAUCUCCAAGGCCUCUCCGUGUACCCCAGUGCCUGUGACCGUGACAACAACCCCACCUGUUCCAAAGCCUGCAAAUACUUCUAUUCUAUCCCCUUCUCCAGGAUUGGCUUUGCCAAACCUGGCUAAUGUAGAUCUGGCUAAGAUCAGUUCCAUCCUCAGCAGCCUGACAUCAGUCAUGAAAAACACUGGGGUCAGUCCUGCAUCAAGACCUUCUCCAGGAACUCCUACCAGUCCCAGCAACCUCACCAGUGGCCUGAAAACACCUGCACCUACCACAGCAACAUCUCACAACCCUCUGGCAAAUAUCCUCUCAAAAGUGGAGAUCACCCCAGAGAGCAUUCUGUCAGCUCUUUCCAAAACCCAGACACAGUCAGCCCCUGCACUGCAAGGCCUGUCAUCUUUACUUCAGAGUGUUACUGGGAACCCAGUUCCAGCCAGCGAAGCUGCAUCACAGAGCACUUCAGCCUCCCCAGCCAGCACCACAGUCUCUACCAUAAAGGGAAGAAAUCUGUCCUCUAAUACCCAGUCUUUUAUUCCCAAAAGCUUCAACUAUUCUCCUAAUUCAUCAACUUCUGAAGUCUCUUCAACUUCAGCCAGCAAAGCCUCAAUUGGGCAAAGCCCAGGGCUCCCAAGCACUACUUUUAAACUACCGUCCAACUCUCUAGGGUUUACAGGUACCCACAAUACUAGCCCUGCUGCCCCACCUACUGAAGUUGCCAUAUGCCAAUCUUCAGAGAUCUCCAAGCCAAAGCUGGAGUCAGAGUCCACCUCCCCAAGCCUGGAAAUGAAGAUCCACAACUUUUUAAAAGGUAAUCCUGGUUUCAGUGGCUUAAACUUAAACAUCCCCAUCCUAAGCAGUUUGGGGUCCAGUGCCCCAUCAGAGAGCCAUCCCUCAGAAUUCCAGCGUGGCCCUACUAGCACCUCAGUCGACAACAUUGAUGGAACCCCCGUACGGGAUGAACGGAGUGGGACGCCUACCCAGGAUGAGAUGAUGGACAAACCCACAUCCAGCAGUGUAGAUACUAUGUCCCUGCUUUCUAAGAUCAUUAGCCCUGGUUCCUCAACACCCAGCAGUACAAGAUCACCACCUCCUGGGAGAGAUGAAACCUACCCCCGGGAGCUCUCCAAUUCCGUAUCUACAUAUCGGCCCUUUGGGCUGGGCAGCGAAUCUCCCUAUAAGCAGCCUUCUGAUGGAAUGGAGAGACCAUCUUCCCUGAUGGACUCUUCACAGGAAAAGUUCUUUCCAGAUACUUCUUUCCAAGAAGAUGAGGAUUACCGAGAUUUUGAGUAUUCAGGGCCUCCACCCUCUGCCAUGAUGAACCUAGAGAAGAAACCAGCCAAAUCUAUCCUGAAAUCGAGCAAGCUUUCUGAUACCACCGAAUACCAGCCAAUCCUGUCCAGUUAUAGCCACAGAGCCCAAGAAUUUGGGGUAAAGUCUGCUUUGCCUCCAUCUGUAAGGGCCCUCCUGGACUCUAGUGAGAACUGUGACCGUCUCUCUUCUUCCCCUGGGCUAUUUGGUGCCUUCAACAUAAGAGGGAAUGAACCUGGGUCUGACCAGUCACCAUCACCGAGUAAGAAUGAUUCAUUUUUCGCCCCUGACUCCAACCACAAUAGCUUGUCUCAAUCUACCACUGGGCAUCUCAGUUUGCCACAGAAGCAGUACCCAGACUCCCCUCACCCAGUCCCACAUCGUUCCCUUUUCUCUCCGCAGAAUACCCUUGCCGCUCCCACGGGUCACCCACCCACUUCAGGCGUGGAGAAAGUCCUGGCCUCCACCAUUUCCACCACGUCGACGAUUGAAUUUAAGAAUAUGCUUAAAAACGCCUCACGCAAGCCCUCAGAUGAUAAGCAUUUUGGCCAGGCCCCCAGCAAGGGCACUUCAAGUGAUGGUGUCAGUCUCUCAAACCUUACCCAGCCCAGCUUGACCGCCACUGAUCAGCAGCAGCAAGAAGAGCACUACCGCAUAGAAACCCGUGUCUCCUCCUCCUGCUUAGACUUGCCUGAUAGCACAGAAGAAAAGGGGGCCCCUAUAGAAACCUUGGGUUAUCAUAAUGCAUCCAAUAGGAGGAUGUCAGGGGAGCCAAUACAGACCGUAGAGUCCAUCCGAGUUCCUGGGAAGGGAAAUAGAGGACAUGGGCGUGAGGCUUCAAGGGUGGGUUGGUUUGAUCUGAGUACAUCAGGCAGCUCUUUUGACAAUGGCCCCUCAAGUGCCUCUGAGUUGGCAUCCCUUGGGGGUGGGGGCAGCGGAGGCCUCACUGGCUUUAAAACAGCACCGUACAAGGAACGGGCACCCCAGUUUCAGGAGAGUGUCGGCAACUUUCGUUCCAACAGUUUCAACUCAACAUUUGAGCAUCAUCUCCCCCCGUCCCCCUUGGAACAUGGGACACCCUUCCAGAGAGAGCCAGUGGGGCCAUCAUCUGCCCCACCAGCCCCUCCUAAGGAUCAUGGUGGUAUCUUCUCUCGAGAUGCACCUACUCAUCUACCCUCUGUGGAUCUUUCGAACCCCUUCACAAAGGAGGCAGCCCUGGCCCAUGCUGCCCCACCCCCUCCUCCUGGAGAGCACAGCGGAGUUCCUUUCCCUACCCCACCCCCUCCUCCACCCCCCGGGGAACAUAGCAGCAGUGGUGGGAGUGGUGUCCCCUUUUCUACUCCUCCCCCUCCACCACCUCCUGUUGACCAUUCUGGAGUUGUACCCUUCCCAACCCCAGCACUGGCAGAGCAUGGAGUGGCAGGGGCUGUGGCAGUAUUUCCCAAGGACCAUAGUUCCCUUCUUCAAGGGACCCUGGCUGAGCAUUUCGGGGUGCUCCCAGGACCCAGGGACCAUGGGGGCCCCACCCAACGGGACCUGAACGGCCCUGGCCUUAGCCGUGUACGCGAGAGCUUGAGCCUACCCUCUCAUUCUCUGGAGCACCUGGGCCCAGCCCAUGGAGGAGGAGUUGGGGGAGGCAGCAACAGCAGCAGUGGCCCCCCCUUGGGUCCCUCACACAGAGACACCAUCAGCCGGAGUGGUAUGAUUUUACGGAACCCCCGGCCAGACUUUCGGCCUAGGGAACCUUUUCUCAGCAGAGACCCGUUUCACAGUUUAAAGAGACCCAGGCCACCUUUUGUUAGGGGCCCUCCGUUCUUUGCACCAAAACGCCCAUUCUUCCCUCCCAGGUACUGAUGGAAACCAAGGGGAAGGCAUUUAGAGAGCAUUGGAAGUAGAAGUUUGGUUUAUUAUUGUUGUUGUUUUUAUUUGUUUUCCCUUCCUUUAUUUUUUUAUUAUAAUGAAAGGCCUCUCUUCCAAAUUAAAAAGUCAUAUAUGCUUGCAUUUCACUGUUCCAUCCAGUCCUCCCUCCCACUGCACUUAUCUACCUUCUCCAAGUUGUUUGUAUUUAAAAAAAAAAAAAAGUAAACUCAAGCCACUUCAUUUGGCUGGGGGCUUGGGGAGUGGGGAGGAAAACUAUAUUUUAUCCCAUCUAUUGAAGAGUAUUAUUACAUUUGAAAUAAAACUUCCAUCAGUACAGUUAAUAACAUGUGCGAUGUUGGGAUUUUCUUUUGGGCUUGGCUUAUCAGGUAGUCCAUUGAAGGAAGGAUUCCUAUCCCCUUCUCUCUCCAGCUAAGUAAUUGCUGUAACCAGUUUGGCUCCCUUCCCUGUAUGCUCUGUGCCCUGCUGACAGUCCAGAGAUGUUACAAGGGAGGAAAUACUGGAGACUUGGACCUUUCAGGUUUAUUUGUUUUAUUUUGUUUUUAAAGGCAAGUUGAAGUUGAGUUCUUUACCCUUCUAAAAUUUUUUUCUUUUUAAUCAGCUUCUUCCUCUAAAGUACUAUCAGGCAAUAACUUUGAGGAGGGUACACGAUUCUAAUUAAAUUUUUUCACUUUAUCCUUGGAAUGAAAGACAUUGGGCUUGAUAUAAUUUCAAGGUUAGAAUAAGGAGUGACUACAGUAUAUAAAAUUCGGAAGGAACCAUUAAUGGUAUUAUAUAACCUGCCUAUCCUUCAUAAAUGAAAGAAUAGGAAGCAUUUUCAAGGUAGUUUCACAUGCCUUGCACUAAGCUCUUGUCUCCUGCUUUUCUUUUUUGACUUUUUCUCCCUCGGUUUUCACUUCUACUGUGACCAGAAAGACAGUUACUACCAUUGACUAUUGAUACAAAGGUGCAAUUGAAAUAUUACCCCUGCAUUUUUAAUAUAAGAAGUAGACAUUAAUUUUACCAUGGUGCCUCCCUAAUGUGAGUGAUGUUUGUUGGUGGUUUUCAACAAAGGAUAACUAUUAAAGAAAGGAAAAUAUUUGUUUUAUUUUUCAUUCCCAUUGCUUCAGUUCACCCCUAUUGAUAUUUUAGAAGAGGAGAUUCAAUACCAUUUUUCUUUAUAUUGUAUUUCAGAUGUGUCUUAGAGAAAGAUGGGUAUUACCAUACAUACCUUUACAGAGAAACAGGAGGUCCUAGUAAAUCUGAAUUUCCCUACACUAUAGAUAGCAAUCUGUUACAAUUCAAGAUUCAAUCUUUAUGCUCCCCACCCUCGCCCCAGGAAAUAAAGAAUGUUUCUGCCCUUAGUCAUUUUACAUGAGAGAGAAGUGCUUUCCUUCCCUGGACUGAAAGGCUUAUUUGUAUUUCCACAUCUAGUACUUGGGAAAAAGACAAUCACUGUACUUUGAAGUGUUUAUAUCUAAGAUACUGAAGAGCAAAUGUUGCUUUACUGCUUUUUUUUUUUUUUUUUUUAAUUUAGUGUCUUACCCCAAGGUGUACACACUGAUAAUCUCCAGCUAGAUGAAUAAAACAAUGUUCAGUUUUGGGAGAAAUUCCAGCAGGUUUCUUAUGUUUUCUCCCAAGUUAGUAUGGAACUAACUAUAGGAAGUAUAGGAGUUGCUUUGGAUUCCUCCAGUGGAAUAUUAAAGAUGGUGAGGGUGGGUGGUGUAGUGACAGAUGGUGCUUAUUUGUCUCAGAAUAAACUAGCUUUUCAGAGAAAGCUUAAACAAGGUGUGCAUUAGUUGGGGCUUUUUGUGUAACUUAUUCUGUGUUAUUUAUUUGGGCUCACCUUGUGUUCUGUGGGUAGGAUGCAGCAAGUCAUUACUCUUCCUAACGCAUAUCUGGUCUUAAGCCCGCUGCUUGUUCUUUCCUUGACCUCUCCAGCUUCUCUGCCCUGUAACUCUCCCCACGAAAAUGCCUGAUACCAUGACCUUGCGUGUGGGAUAGGGUAUAUAGUGUAGCAAAGAAAAGAAAGUAUAGUUAUAUUAUGAGUCCUAAGACAUUUGUUUAGAGAAAGACAGAAAUUGGGGUGGGGAGGAAUAAUUCAAUUUGACUUCCAAAACUGAAAUAGAUUUUUUUUUUUUUUUUUUUUUUUUUGCAGAAAUCAAGUGGGAUGUUUUUCAUUCUAGAAUAAGAAUGUGAAUUCUUUCUGCUGCUUUUGUUUAAGCUAAAAGUAGUGUUUACUUGAAACGGCUCUCUGACCAUUUGUUUUUAUCAGAAAAUGUGUAGAUGUCAGGAAAGUAGCUUCCUGAAUAUUGAGGCAGGGUAAUUGUCCUCAAAAGCAUGAUGGCUAAUACAUGAAAGGAAUACUUUGUUGUACAGUUUAAAAGAUGGACUUUUAAGGAGUUGGUUUUUUGUAGGGUAUUUUUGUGUUGUUUUGUUUUAUAAGCCACAAAAUCCUCAGUAUUUUUGUUUAGGAUGGAAGUGAGUAUUCAUAUGAGACUGUCAGCUUUUAAUUUUAAGGAAAUCUGUCUACAACAGUAAAUGAAGAUGACAAUGUAUAUAUUUGUGAUAUAGUGAAAUGAAAAAGACAAUUCUCAUUUUCAUAACAUGAGACAGAGGGGUUUUAUUCUUUCUGUGUCUGUGAUUUAAAAUUCCGUGACCAUGCUCUGACUUUUGUAUUUCAACUUGAGUUUAAAAAAAUAAACAAGAUAUUUUUUAAAGAAAGCAUAACAUAGUGUGUCUGGCAAGGACUUGAUUCAUAUGAAAGCAAAAUACAAGAAGUUGUUAUUAGGGUUCUUAGUGCUCACUGUAAAAAUCACAGACAGAGAAUUGGUUUGGUGGGGAUUUGGAAUACACUAGUACCACCUAAAGUUCAGUGAUACAGUAUCAGAAAUAGGGUCCUUGAGUGUUUUGAAAACGCUUACUCUUCAAUCAGCUUAGAUAGGAGCUCUUUCCCUAUACCCCUCUGCCCUCUCAAAAGUCCAGAGUAAAUAGAAUUUGGUUUGAUUAUAGGGAGGGUAAAAUGAGCAGAGAAUAGGACUUCUAUCCUUUUCAAUACCAGAAAUACAAAGUUUGUGAUAAUAUGGUACAGCAAACCUAUCUAGAUAAUGUGAAUACGCUAAACUUCCUAAUUGCAGAAUAUUCACUCUGAAGUUAACAGUUCAUGCAGAAUUAAGCUUCAGCUGUUAUUGUUUUGAAGCCGCUGUAAAUUACUGCUUUCCUCCCUUCCCUCCCCCUUUUUUUUUCUUUAAGUGGGCAAGGGUACCUGUUAAGAUUAAAAUUUGUUCAGUGUGGAAAACAAAACAAGUACAUGCUUUAGAAGCAACAGCAAUGAAAUCCUUUUGAAAUGUGUAUUAAUGUCAUUUAAUAAAAUAACUAGUUCUAAAGGUUUGACAUUUUUCUUUGAGAUUGGGGCUUUGACCAAGGGCCCCUGGUGAGUGCAAAUAGGAGGGAACUUCUCCAAGAGCUGAAACUGCUGCUUUGUGAAGCAGGCCUGUGGUUGGAAAACCUAAAUUUUCUCCAGCAAAGAGAACCAACAUGACUGUCCAGAGUUGAAGAUGAAACCAACUACAGAAUGCAGAAAGAAAAGCCUGGAUAUAUCUCUGAAGAUGUAAUUGUAUUGGCUUUUGGUUCAAGGGCACGUGGGGGUGGGGGAGGGAGUGGUGUGUGCGUCCGCAUGUUUCUGAGGCACACAAAAAGAUGCCACAGACCUCUCAUUCGGUCCCUUCCCGGUAACCACUUGCACUUUACUCUCUUCCAGCCAUUCCUUUGGUUUUUUUAAAUCUCUUUGUCCUUAAUAUUUUGUUUCCAAUUUAAUAAAGUACAGUUUCCUUU